AUGAAUGGAAAGUUUUCUCAACUUUGUAUAGCACCUGAAAUUUUUCAAAAUGGACUCCAUAAGAAGCACACAAAUAGAAAAAAUUUCCCUUUAAUCAUUUUUAGAAAGUUGGCCUUACAACAAAUAUCAGAGACAGUGUUUGUAGGACUGUGUCAGAAAGUGGGGACUUUACAACUUGUGGCCAUGAGGAGAGAUGUGUUGGAUAUCAGUGAGAUGGUGGAAAAUCAAGUGAGAAGUAAUGGGUUCAGUAGAAUGUUUAGUGGAAGUCAAAGAGAGGGAUUCCGACUGAAAGGAUCAGAUUUUGACGAAAUGUUUUGGCCAAAUAAUCACCGUGUGAUCUGGGACUUAUCUCAGUCUCAGUAUUACAAUACACACAGACAAACACUGAUCCUCUGUGACUGUUCUGAUAGUCCACCAGGAUUUACUUUGUUAUAUUUACUGUCACCAACCAUGUACGGAGACAUCCAGGGGAGUUGUGUUAGAAUGAAAAACAGACAUUAUAUAUCUAGUUCUAAGUACAGACAGAUGGCGUGUUCUGUAAACUAUACUCAACACGGACCCUGUGCCCUUAGAACAAUUGGAGAAACAGAUUUUGAUAAUGCCGUCUGUUUUGUUAGUGACUUUUGGCCUCCAUCUGCCUCCUCAUUGAUAGACAGGUGUCAUUCAUGGCCUCAGCCUCGUGUUGUUGAUGAUAUAGUAAAAAAUGGAUGUCACUUUGUAGCAAUUGGACAUAAGCUAGGAAAUCAUGAAGACCUUGAAUGGAGAAUUUCUUUCUCUCUCGCAGAACAAAAACUUGUCUAUGCAAUGAACCACUGUCAAUAUUUAACUUACGGCUUGCUUAAAUUGUUCUUGACAGAAAUAAUUAACAAUGGAGUAGGUGAUGAUGAUAAAUUACUGUGUUCCUAUCACAUGAAGACAGCAGUUUUCUGGGUGGUUCAACAAAAUACAAUACCUCACUGGUGUCCACAAAAUUUACUGGGAGGUUUCUGGGUCUGUUUUAAACUUAUCCUCAAAUGGGUGUAUGAGGGAGUUUGUCCUAACUUUUUCAUUCCAGAAAACAACAUGUUUCUGAGCAAAAUUCAUGGUGAAGCACAACAUCAACUAUUUAUGAGAUUGUAUGGGUUGUAUAAGACGGGUUUAACAUUUCUGCUAAACAGUCCCUCCAUUAGAUCUUAUAUUAUGACUUUCCUCCAAAUCAUAAAUGUACUUCAUAACCCCGACCUCUCCAUAUGUACAGAUGAACAUUUUGUGAUUUCUGAGGCUGAGUUUGAUAGAUGUCUAUAUGAUGCAAUAAUACUUAUACAAAUAAUAAACGAACUGGACAUACAAAGCUGCAUAAGAUAUUUAUAUACAAUAGAGCAGAUGAUAGGUUUACCCCUCCUGACACAGUAUCAAGUUCUCAGGCUACAGAGACAUACAGCUUUUGCUCUUCAGAACACUGCUUUUAUAUUACACAUGGAAACUUACACACAUAAAAACAAACUGAGGUACAGAGCUGACAAAACCUCCUGUUACAUGCUGAAAUUAGCAGCCAAGUUUGGUUGUAUUACUGACAUGCUGCACAUAGCGAUGUAUUAUUACAAAACACUUAGACACAUAGAAACGUUAUCUAUUAUAGAGAUGAUCAAGGUCAAAUUAUCUCAGUCGUAUGUGAUGUAUAUGGGUAAUGUAGAUACAGAGAUGUAUACUGAGGCUGUAGGGGGACAGUCCUGGUCUACAAAGAUGAGACAGGCUGUAGCAUGGGGUAUCCUACUUGACAAUAGAAUCCAUUACAUCAGUGAAUUCUUAGCAGAGCAACAGUCUGCUCUACAGAAUGGCUGGGGUAUAUUAGGUUUCCCACCCUUUGUACUAUUAUACAUGCUAGAGAUCUUGUGCUACAGACACGUAGACACAAUGAGAGCACAAAAAGCUCUUGAUGAUCUACAGACCCUAGUUCACUAUGAUCAGGGGCAAUUUAUAGAUUUACGUUACAGAGACAUAUUAUGGCAGAUUCUGGGGAUCUGUCAACAGGCGACAGGGAACCUCCAGGCUGCUCUAUAUUCAUACCAACAAUCAUACCAACAAUCUCUCAGAAAAGAACCAUUUCAAAAAAUAAACACAGCUACAGAAAUGAGAAUACAGCAUGUUUGUCAAUGGAAUUCCUUAAUAACUUCAGUGUAA